GGGGUGCGUGUUGGUGCUGGUACAGACGGUUGGUUCAGUCGGAGCCCAGAGAGGAGCAGCAGCCGAGUUUGUGAUUAUGGUUCCCGGCAGCGUAUCCCCAGCUCAGUCCAGCGCCACCGCCCUCUUCAGCGCCCGUUUCAACUAGCGAGCGGUGACACUUACAAUUAUGGAGGCUUAAGCAAGAAAAGAGUUGUGGGGGAGCUUCCCUUCCCCUAUGGUGGCUGACUUCGGAGGAAUGAUAUUCAAGAGAGUGUGAUGGAUAUAUUUUGACCGAAAGUUUACAACAGUUUUUAUUUUCCAGAAAUAUUAUAAUUAAAUUUCUAUUUUUGUCUAUUUAAUUGCAACAAAGUGCCAUAUAUUAUAGAUAGUGUUUUAUACCUUGAAGGAACAGUUCCUUGAACUAAACCAGCACUGUUCUCAUGUACUGAACUAAUGUAACGAAGGCUAGAGGAUUGCUAGAGUGCAGUGUUUUUAAACACAAGCACAAAUCUAGCACUGAUGGUACAGCUGCCAGGCAACUAAGUUCCGUAGCCUUCAACAGAAAUUUAAGACUUUUUGAAGACCUAGAAAGUGGGAACAGAAUGAAUUUGGUGACUGCUGACUGCACUCCAAAGUGCCGCUCUCUGCAGCAUGCCCUUGACAUGAUUUCAGUGAUGACUAAGGGAACUGAAGGUCAAAGUAAAGCCUUCCUUUCAUCUUAUUGCUAUAAUGCAGCUUCCCUGAAAGAUAGUUUUGGCAGAACAGUUCUACACAUGGCUGCGUCUUGUGGUAAAAAAUCUGUUUUGGAUUGGCUUCUUGAAAAGAAAAGGGCUGAUCAUUCCGUGAAGGAUAAGGAAUCUGGAUGGACAGCUCUGCACAGAAGUAUAUUCUAUGGACACAUUGAUUGUGCUAUGUUUCUUCUCAAGCAUGGGAGUAGUCUAUAUGUACAGGAUAAAGAAGGGUUAUCUAUACUCGACUUGGCCAUGAAAGAUAGACCAUCACAUGUGAUUUAUCGAAAGACUGAUCCCACUGAAGUCUAUACCUGGGGUAACAACACUAAUUUUACUCUUGGUCACGGAAGCCAACAAAGCAAGCAUCAUCCUGAGCUUGUAGACUUCUUCUCCAGGUCAGGGAUCUACAUUAAGGAGGUUGUGCUUUGCAAAUUCCAUUCAGUAUUCCUUUCCCAAAAAGGUCAAGUGUACACCUGUGGCCAUGGCCAAGGAGGGCGUCUUGGACAUGGAGAUGAACAAACGUACCUUGUUCCCCGAAUGGUGGAAGGUUUAGCCAGCCAUCGUUGUUCUCGGAUGGCAGCUGCAAAGGACCAUACAAUUGUUUUGACAGAAGAUGGAUCCAUUUUUACUUUUGGACUGAACACUUACAAUCAGCUGGGUAUUGCACCUCCACCAGCCAACAGUAGCAUACCAAGACAGGUUCAGUCCAAAACCCUUAAAGGAAGAACUGUGAUUGGAGUUGCUGUGGGACGAUUUCACACUGUUCUGUGGACAAGGGAAGCGCUGUAUACCAUGGGUCUGAAUGGUGGCCAGCUUGGUUACUUAAUGGACCCUAAUGGGGAGCGAUGUGUGCUUGCACCUCGUCAAGUAUCAGCUUUGCAUCAUAAGGAUAUAGUGAUAUCUCUAGCAGCAGCAAGUGAUGGAGCCACAGUGUGUGUUACGGAAAGAGGAGAUGUUUACCUGUUGACAGGCUAUCAAUGCAAGAAAAUUGCUUCCAGGCAGUUAAACUUGAAGAAAGUUCUUGUUACUGGUGGACACCUGGAUCAUAAAGUUGACCCUCAGGUACUUAAUGAGGGAGGAGGUGAAAAUAUUUGCAUACUUGCCCUGGAUGAAGCAGGCAGGGUGUUUUGUUGGCGAUCUUCAAGCUGCUUCAUUAAACAGUGUCGUUGGGCCUAUGGGCGACAGGUCUUCAUGUCGGACAUUGCCCUGAGCAAGAAUGAAAUGAUUUUUGUAACACAAGAUGGAGAUGGGUUUACAGGGCAUUGGACUGGAGCAGAAAAGACAAAUUCAGAAAAGAAAGAGGAAUUUUCCAACAUUCUGCAAAGUUCUUUGGACCAGUUUGUUAACACAGCAGGAAUGAGCAACAACUUGUAUGAAAGGAUUAAGCUUGAAAAGCUUCCUUGUGUUCAUCGUGCCGUUUCUGUUACCAUGGAUUUGAAUGGGCGCAACUUUGCUAUUUUACAAUCUGACCCGAAAACUAGCCUAUAUGAAAUUCCAAAUGUGUCUUCCUCAAGUCUUAAUGAAGACUUCGGCAAACUACUCAGGGAGGCCACUGAAACUGACAGUAUCCAUGAUAUCACAUGUCAAGUUGGCAAUCAGAUUUUUCCCAGUCACAAGUAUAUCCUGGCCAUGCGAUCUGACUAUUUUCGAAAGCUUUUCUUUCCUGAUGGAGAAAACGUUGAAAUCCCUGAUGCCCAACUACAGGAAGAUGAUGCAGUGGGAUGUGACUUGUACAUUCUGGAUAAGAUUCAGGCCGACUUGUUUGCCAAUAUUUUGCAGUUUAUAUAUACAGAUACCUGUGACUUGCUAACUGACGGCUACAAACCAAAAAUCCACUGCAAAGAUAAAAUAGAAACUUAUCAAGAUCCACUGAUAUCCAAAUUGGAAGGAUCUAUGCAAAAGUUCAGCUUUUGUGAAGAAGUAAAAGGAAAAUCUGCAUCUGAGGUUUAUGAAAACCAGCCAUGUAAGAAACCGAAUACCAAAAGUAAAAACAGCAAAAAGACCAGAAGGCUUAAUGAAGAGGCUAAUCCAGUUAAAAUGCUGCAGGUUAUGGCAAAAAAAUUUGGUCUCGCCAGUCUAUCUGCAAGAUUAGAUGGGGUCAAAUUGGAAAAUUGGAAGAUAAAAGUUGUGCAUAAGAAAGGUGGAAGCAAAUUGAAAUUCAGUCAAAAGAAGUGCUCUUAUUUGUGUGAUGUAACUUUGAGAUCAGAAGAUGGAAAAGAAUUCGUCUGCCACAAAUGUGUGCUAUGUGCUAGACUUGAAUAUUUUCACAGAAUGCUGAGUAAUGCCUGGAUUGAGGCUUCUUGUUGCACAGCAUUGGAAAUGCCCAUCCAUUCUGACAUUUUGGAGGUUAUUUUGGAUUAUAUUUAUACUGGUGAAGCUCCAGCUGUUAAAGAAUCACAGGAUGUGGAGUUUAUUUGUAAUGUGCUCGUGGUGGCCGAUCAGCUUCUUAUCAGUCGCCUCAAGGAGAUUUGUGAAGUGGCUAUUACAGAAAAAUUAACUUUGAAAAAUACUUCAGAACUUUUGGAGUUUGCCGCAAUGUACAAUGCUGAACAAUUAAAGCUGUCCUGUCUACAAUUCAUAGGUCUAAAUAUGGCAGCUUUGCUUGAAGCAAGAUCUCUGGACAUUCUUAGUGAUGAAGUGCUGAAGGAGCUCUCAGUUUCUUAUCGGAAUAUGAUUCCAGCCAUGCAAAAUAGGAUCAUCACUCCUUAUCCAGGUGGCCCAGACAUCAGUUCCCUUGGCGAAGAGAUUGAUGAUAACUCUGUAGCCAGUAAAAUUGAAUUGGACAUUGAACAAUCUUCCAAAGAAAUGCUUCUCAAAAAGGCAAAAGUAAAAGCAAAAAAAAAGCAGAGACGGCGCUCGGACAGUUCAGGAGGAUACCAUUUAUCAGAUCUCAUUCAGAGCCCAACUUCAACAGAUUUGCAAAGACCUGCUAAAACUAAUUCAGUGGAAUCCCUGCAGGAGAUGUUGAUGUCUGAUUCUGAAGGCAGCUAUGCUGGUGGAGUAGCCAGUCCCAGAGAGUUAGCUUCACCUGAUUUUUCAGCUGGAUUCUGCCAAGAGAAAUUGGAGAUUGAUGAAAGAGCCCAUGUUUCUGAGAUGAAAAAUCCAACUGAAGAGGCAAAAAUGAAUGAAAAAAUAUGGACAUCUAAGAGAGAAUCUAACCCAAAGCCCAUUCCUAGAUCCAACUCUGGAAGUGCUACUGGCUGGGUGACCAGCUCUUUCAGUCCUGCAAGUCCUCCCACUGGUGGCCUACGAGCUAUCAUGGAAAUGGAAGAAAAUAUGCAAAAAUGUGUAACUGCACCAAAGACUAAUGCAAGUGGGAAUAAAUCAAUGUGCCAUGGAGUGAAGCUUUCUCAGAAACAGAGAAAGAUGAUUGCCAUGGCAGCUAAGGAGCCAUGUACAAACAGCAGACUGGACAGCACACCUGUGAAAUCAAAUCUGACUACAUUAACCCCAUCAAAGACAGGAAAUGCUUGGGUGACUCCAUUCAAUGGACUCUCCUCCCCAAAAUCAUUCCGUGACCUACUGGUGGAAGAAAAGUCGUCAGAAAAAGCAGAUGACUCCCUGCCUUCCAGCUCAUGGGAAAAUAAUUCUAAACAACAAGAGCAGCCUAGCAACAAAUAUGAGCAACCUACCAGCCCUUGGUUAAUGACAGUUGCUAAAAGCCCACCAGCAAUGACUCCAAUCACUUUUGCAGCUAUAGUGGAGGAGGAACGUCAGCAAGAAGCUGCACUUGUGAAGAGCAGGGAGAAACCGCUGGCUUUGAUUCAGAUUGAGGAACGUGCUAUCCAGGAUUUGCUAAUCCACUACCAAGCCUGUGACAACCCUGAGGAAUUCAUUAUGAUAGAUAGAUCGCCACAAGGGCCCAUAGCAACCCCAAUAUGGAGUAAACACUGAUUCUGGAGUUAACAAUAACAUAUGGUUUGAAAUUAAAUUGGUCAGUGCUUGCUCUGAAAAGGUUGCAUUUUCAAAAGGGCAGAGGAACAAAAGAAUUGCUCCUUUCUCUAGCAGAUCAACUAUUGCGUUUGACCUCCAGUGCUGCUGAGGCAAUAUUUUCAUUUGGAAUAUAUAUUUUUAGAUACCUUCUUCAUUAGCACAGUAAAUAAGAAUUUGAUAUAUCAAGUGCUGAUCAGAUAUUGGUAUUUUGUUUUCUCUCCACUUCCCCACCUCACACAUUUUCCAAGUACUGUAUAUUUUUAGUUGCAACUAUGCAAAGUUGGUGGCAGAGAAUUCCUACAGGAAAAAAUUAUGUUUUGGGAGGGGAAGCUGAAGUAUCUAUUAUUGAGUCAAUUAGAAAACAUAGGUACUAUUAAGAUCUAAAUUAUUUUAAUGAGCCACUACAUCUUUAAAUUAAUAGCGAUGAGAGGAACAUCUGGCCUAUUACUUUAGUUUCUUGGCCAAUUCCAGCUUUUGUUUAAAAAGUACAACACUGAGUAGGUUUAAUGGAUAGAGAACCAACAAAAAUUUGAUUUUUCAGUUCAUCACUGCUGUCAUAGGGAGGUAUGGAGAUCAGAUGUCUGAUCCACAGGAAAGGGAAAAAUCUACUGUAUGUACCUCUUGACACCUGAAUGAAAGCGUUGUUGGAGGUGUAGCCACAAGUCGACCAUUCUCUAAAUUACAGUUGGUAAAAGGAAAGUGAAAAAAAAUUCAUACAGUGAUCCAGCAAUAAGUGUCACAGAAUCACUUGCAACUACAUUUAAAAACUCAUGGAAUCUACUGAGGACCAGCAUUGCUUGCUGAUGUUGGGGAACCACACGUACAGGUCUGUCUGGUGGAAUGCUAGUUUUUACUGCCACCCAAAGCCUUUAAAUAGUGUCAAAAAUGAGGAAGAUUCAAUUAUUAUACAACAGCACACAAAAUCUCCAAUACUGUCAGUACUUUCUAUACAGAGCAGCAAAGUCAAUCUAAGACCAGUGGCAAUAGCAUAAUAUUCUUCCCAUUGCAGUUAGUUUAAACUAAAUUUAGAUUAAACUCCAUCGACAGCCAAUAUCACCAAAGUUGUUUUUGCCAUUAUAGGUCUGGUCCAGGCAAGCUGCACAGAUUAGCCUGCCUGCCGACAGACUUGAGAUGGCAGACCUCAACUUGAUGACUGUAUUGGUUGCUGUUUAUGCUUGGCACGAGCGGAAAAUAGUGAGUACAAAUUCAAAGUGAAAGCCUCCCUUGAGCAGCAAUGCCUUCGACAGCAGUGGCUUUGCUUUUUUUUUAAACUUAACAAGAUUAGACAGCAAUUAUGCAAUCAGAUGCAUCCCUGCUGACUCCCAUGUUGAAAUGAUAUUGUACUAGUACAGCUCAAACAUUUAUAUUGGUUUUGUAGUGCUGAAAUGAAUUUCUAAUGAGAAAUCUGUUAACAUAAAGUAAUACUGUGCAUGAAACAGGGAGAAGCAUUUUAGCAUUUAUUUUGCUGGUGCACAUUUGAAGUUUUGAACUAACACUGAGUCUCUAGUAGAUUUGAACAUAAUACCAAAUGCUAGAUUUGGUUUUUUUUAAGCUGUUGUGGUGCCUAGCUUUCCCACUAUGUACGUUAUUUGAAACAACAAAGUUUAUUUGUGUUUGAAAGGCCUUACUGUAGCUGAGUGAUUAGGCAAUAUUGGAACUGCAUGAUUUGUUUGCAUUUGCACAACUGAGAUUGGAGCUGUUGACUUUCCUGUUUGUCAAAACUGGUGUGUGAUUUUGCGCUCUAGCAAGUAAAAUAUCUGUUACUUGUAACGGAUCACUUGGAAAAUUAAACUUAACCACUUGGAAGGAGUGUCACCAUUUAAAAGAUAAAUUAAUGGGGGGGGUUGGGGAGAAGGGCAAACAAAAGUUAAGAUUCUGUGUACAUGAUCCUUCGCUGUUUAAAAAGGAAAUGUGUUUUCAUCAUGUUCAUGGAGUUUAGCCACGAUGAUGGCAAGUUAGAGAAAAAUGGAAGCAAUAAAUGUGUAUCUGACUUGAA